AGGAGAAAGAAAUGGCAAAAAAGUCCRUUGCCCUUGCAGCCGUUAUCAUCAAAGGUGCUAGUCUUGGCACUAAGAUCCUCAAAGAUUUCCUGRAUGCGAUGGCAAAUAUUGAACGCAAGGUUGCGAUUGGUGUUGACAACGAGUCGGGAUGCACUUGGGAAAAGCCAARUACAUACUUCUUCUCUGGUACUGAGGAUAAAGUGCCUCCCUCUAAAGUUGAGAAUAAAAAAGCACUUUUGUACGGCCCACGUAAGACAACAGGGCCUGUUGCCACGGGAGCUGUUGGAGUGCUCACUUACAAAAUGUUGUGCACCAAUGAGACGAACACWCUGGCUGUUCUUUUCAGUGUMCCCUUCGACUACAACUUGUACAGCAACUGGUGGAACCUCAAGAUCUACCCUGGAGAAAAGAAAGCCGACGAAAAAAUGUACAACGAGCUCUACAACGAUGCCGAUCCAAUAAAAGGUAAUAAUUCCUGGAAGACAAAAACACUCGGAUAUGGACUAAAAAUGAGAGGAUCUAUGUCCAGUUCUGGAACGGCAACCAUGGAAGUACAUGUUUCGAAGGCCUAGUGUUCAACACGUUAAUUUCCUUAAAAGAGCACCAUCAUGGAUCUCACAAUUCUAAUUUUUCCUAUGGUUUUGUACCUUAUAAAGACUUAUUAUUUGAAAAAUUUUGACUUCUUCCAACAUCCAUAAUAUUCGACUUUGCAUGUCGUCUCAGUAGGCAAACCAAACGAUGAAGACGAGGCGACAUGCAUAAAGCUCAGUCAUACGCUAGGGUGAAUAACUGGAUAAUAAAAAAAGCACAGCAAAAAAAA